AGCGCUUCAGAAAAUAACGCAAAUUCUAUCUCGUCUUUAAAGAUAGCAUACAUGUUUUGUGAAUUCUGUGUUCUCUGUAUUUGAUGUAGGUGUGGUUGGGAAGAGACACUUAUAACGGAUUAUAAACUUACUGGACUAUACGUGUUCAAAAAUAUUUUAAGGUUUAUAAACGCGUGACGUUUAAUAUAUAUUUGACGGACUUAUUUAUUUACAAUUUAUGAAACAUUAGAUGUGUUAUAUUUAAACAUUUAUUGUUUUGUGACUGCAAGACUUAGCAUUGCUGUUUUAUAUCUAGGACAUCAUAUAUGAAAUUCUUACCUGUUACUAAUGAUUUUCCCAGGGAGUAACCCGGAAUCAAGCCAAAUGGCUUAUAAUCCAUUUUUACUUCACAGGCCGUCGGACUACAGUGGCAUGAACUCAUUGCUGGCUGCUCAAGCCAACUAUCUUCCAGGGCUGGCUGGAUUUCAGCACCCGGGACUUGCAAGUUCGAUUCUCCCAAAACUUCAACAGAGCAUGGGCAGGUCCCCGAUCACACCUGCGGACUUACUAGGACCUUACCAACAUCUGAGACCGAUAAGGAGUCUCGAGCCUCCAGAGUCCGAGGUUCAGGAUGACCCUAAAGUAGAACUUGAAGGCAAAGAUUUGUGGGAACAAUUUAAUACAUUAGGAACUGAAAUGGUUAUUACAAAGUCUGGCAGACGAAUGUUCCCGCCAUAUAAAGUGCGUGUGACUGGUUUGGACAAACGCGCCAAGUACAUUCUGCUCAUGGAUACCGUUGCAGUCGACGACUGCCGAUAUAAGUUUCAUAAUUCAAGAUGGAUGGUCGCCGGAAAAGCGGAUCCGGAAAUGCCAAAGCGGAUGUACAUCCAUCCAGACUCUCCAAGCACAGGAGAGCAAUGGAUGCAGAAAGUCGUGUCGUUCCAUAAACUGAAGCUCACCAACAACAUCUCGGACAAACAUGGCUUCGUAAGUACGAUACUCAACUCGAUGCACAAGUAUCAACCUCGUUUUCAUCUAGUCCGAGCAAACGACAUUCUCAAGUUGCCAUACAGUGCUUUCCGCACAUACGUGUUCAAAGAAACUCAGUUCAUAGCUGUCACGGCUUACCAAAACGAAAAGAUCACCCAGUUGAAAAUAGAUCACAAUCCAUUCGCAAAAGGGUUUCGUGAUACUGGAAGUGGCAGACGAGAGAAAAAACGACUUAUGCUCCAGUCACACCAUCAACAGCAACAGAACUGCCACAGCACAGAUGAUCAGACGAUUUCAGAGCGUGCCAGUGACACAGCUCACAGUGAUGACGAGGACAAUGAAAUAUGUGUCGUAGAAACAGACGACAAACCGUGCAGUUCAGAUGAUUCCUAUACACAUCUCACUUCCGGUCCCUCCCCAGCUGACCUUACAAGUGCAAGAAUUGAUCACAGACUGGACACCACAAAGUCGAACACGAGUCAUGAAGAUUCAGAAUCGGAAUCUGAUGACAAACACGAGACAUCAAUGGAACACAAUCAUGAACCGGUGUUCACAUCGCCAAUCAAAUCAACAUUUCCGAGAAAAAUAAGCGAAAGUGACUUUGUAAGCAGUUUUGAUAGAAAUAAAUCUCCAGAAAUUCACAGCCACACAAGUAACCCGGCUCUUCAGCCAUCCACAUCUAGUCCUAUUGACUUGAAUAGAAAUAAUGAGGAUAGUGACCGGCAUAGCCCUUUUGACCGGGAACCAAAGGACAGGAGUCCGUACUGUUCAGAUAGUGAUGAUAAUAUUCACCAUAAAAGUUAUUCUGAUAGAAACGAUAAUGACAAUGAAAAAUCGUCAGAGAGACUAGAUCACGGUUGUGAAUCUGCUACAAGUAGACUUUUAAUGAAGGAACAUACAAGUCCACCAAAUGUAACGGUGGUGCAGCCAUCAGUUACACAUCCAAUGUUUCCAUACUUCUAUCCCCAUGGUUACCCUAAUACUACGUCAUCACUUCCAUAUCACAUGUUAUUAAAUCAAGGCAGUUCAUCACUGGCUGCUCAUGGACUUUAUCUCCCGACCUCCCACGGAGAGCUCAAUCACUUAUCACCGACCCACGGAUUAUCGGCUUUCGGACAGAUACCCAUGCCUGGACAUCCGUUAUAUCCGAACUUAUCACCAACAUUUAGUAGCAGUACUUCUAGUUCUUUAUCUGGUUCACAUCUAGGGACAUUGUUCGCUUCUAGAUCAAACAACAGAUUUUCUCCAUAUUCUUUCCCCAUGACAAAAACUACAAUGGCAACAAGUACGUCACCACUGACGUCAUCGGGAUAUAACCUUGGACCAAGGUCACCAACAUCACCAACUGCAACACAGUCUAGUCUAGGAAGUCUUAGCCGACCUUCACCUGUAAGAAGCAGAAGUCCUGUGCACGCAGCGCCGUCAUCUAAUCCCAAUAGUGAACUUAAAAGUAUAGAGCGCAUGCUCAGUGUCUUAGACCGGAAACGAGAAGUUGGUCCUGAUUCAACGGGCGCAAUUGUUGAAAAGUGACUAAAAGGACACUUAUAAACCAAACUUACUUCUUCAUGAUCUGCAGAAUGUAUCUGCGCCAGUGGUAGGCGAUUAAGAUGGCGAAAAUUCUGCCGAUAGUGCUGCGAUUAUUUUGACGUCAUCGGUGACGUCAUUAACGGGAGUGUACCAGAAGUGUCUCAGUUUACCAAAGUACAGUUUCAUCAGCAUUAUAUAAAUGUUGUAAUAUAUGAUCAUUCAAAUGAGAAACACUAAACUGUGUUCAAGAGCAAACGUUCAUAGAUAUAAUGAGAUCUUACAUUUACGGACGCCAUGAUUUGUAGACAUUAAUUCAUGACAUCACGUGAGAAAGGACUGCUUUAAUUAGCCAGAUAUUUCUUGUUAUUUAUUUUGGAGAUGUUGUGUUAUUGUAUGGUAACAUUUUAUGAACUAUUUUGUAUAGAUAUAUUUAAAGAUUUUAUAUAUAAAGAGGGCUAUGUGCAAAGGUUCAGAUGUUACUAUAAAUAGACAUUCUGUUUUUGCCAUCCGAGAUUUCACCAGAAACUGGUUAAAGUUGGGUUUCAACAUUGAUGCCUAUUUAUAGGAAAAAAAUAUCUGAACAUUUUAAAUGGCAGGGAGUUUUCAUACACCUAAAUAGUUAUUGCAAAAAUAAAUCAUGGAAAUUCUAACUUGAAAAUAAAUAAACACAAGAAGUCUGUUUGGUCUAAAGUCAGUUUAUUCUGACACAAAAACGAGCUAAAUUGACCCUCUCAGGCCAAACUAAGGACGUUUUAGCCACGGAGCUUUUAGGCAAAUGUACUUAAAUAAUAGUGAAUGCUAGUAAAAUAUACGAUCCAAUUCGAAUGUUAUUUUUUUUUUACUUCAAACUUCAUUCAUAGUAUAUUUCUUGAUUUGAUCUAAAGUUUAGAAAGACAUUUAUUUCUUUUUUUAUAUACAUGUAUUAAAGAAAGGUGCUUAUGAAAGGAUUUUGAUACAGGGUCGUUACUAUAGAAACAUUAUUCUUUAGUAUCAUUCAUUUUCCCUAGUCAAGCUGAGGUUAGUUAGAUUUGUAUUAAUUGCUAUCAAAUACAGAAGUGUUUUUUUUUUCAAAGAAAGUCCAUUUUUUUAAUUUUACUUUCAGAAGUUUAUGACUAUCAUUUCUAAAUUAUGUAAGUGGCAUUGUGUGACAUAUACCAAGAAUUAAUGUCACUUGAAGGUUUAAAAACCAGUUAUUUAAAAAGCAUUGGAAUGAGUACGCAUUGGCAGACAGUCUUAUUGUCUUGUUGUUGUUUAGUAUUUACAAAUUUAAGGCUAUGCCUUUGAUUGUUGAUGCAUUAUUUCGUAUUUGUUUUCAACUGAACAUUUAAUUUAUUAAUUGAAUAAAUGAUGAUAGGGAGAAAACACAGUGUGAACUUUAAAUAAUGCAUUGACAUUAUAAUAUGUGAGGAGAAUGGAUCCGCGAAUCUUGGGGAAAUAUUGUUUUAAUUGUGUAUUUGUUACAUGUAUAUUAUUUGUUUUUACUUGACUCGUUGUGCUAUUUGUGUAUAAUUUUGGAGAAUGUCUGAUGUAUAUACGCACCAUGUGACGACACUGAAAUAAAACACAUGAAACUAAAAGGU